ACUCUGCCUGUUUGGCAGUUGGCUAUAUCCCCUCAGGCCUCAGCUGAACUUCUGCUAUUACCACCACUUUUAAGUUUCAUUGAAUUUACACCAAAAAUAAUUUCUCAAAAUUGUAAACAUCGAAGCCGUGAUCUCAGCAGCUUUAAUCUUCCACCUUUCUAACUUUCACCAAAAGCAAAUACACACUCACACUCAUAAACACACCCAAGCAUACACCCCGCAAACAAACCUACAGAACUCAACAAAGAUAAGAGAUAUGAAGGACAACAAUGAUGGGUAUGUAAGAGCUGAUCAAAUAGAUCUGAAGAGCUUAGACGAGCAGCUUCAGAGACAUCUCAAUAAAGCAUUGACGUUAGAGAGAAAAAGGAAAGAAGAAGAAGACGAACAACAAGAACUAAGAGAAAGAGGUAGAAGCAGUAAUAGUAGAGCUGAGUGGGAAAUUGAUCCUUCUUUACUCCUUGUUAAGUCUGUCAUUGCUCGUGGCACCUUCGGUACAGUUCAUCGUGGUGUUUAUGAUGGCCAAGAUGUUGCAGUUAAACUUCUUGAUUGGGGAGAAGAGGGUCAUCGGUCUGAGGCUGAGCUUUCGCAGUUAAGAUCAGCUUUUGCUCAAGAAGUUGCAGUAUGGCACAAACUGGAACACCCAAACGUGACUAAGUUUAUAGGAGCUACAAUGGGUUCCUCUGACUUGACUAUCCAAACUGAAAAUGGUCACAUUGGCAUGCCAAGAAAUGUUUGUUGUGUUGUCGUUGAGUAUCUUCCUGGAGGUGCGUUAAAAAAUUUCCUCAUAAAGAACCGGAGAAGGAAGCUAGCUUUCAAAGUAGUAGUCCAGUUAUCACUUGAUCUUGCACGGGGGUUGAGCUAUCUCCAUACCAUGAAAAUUGUCCACAGAGAUGUCAAGACAGAAAACAUGCUUUUGGAUAAGCAACGAAAUCUCAAAAUAGCAGACUUUGGCGUUGCUCGGGUCGAAGCUUCAAAUCCUCAUGACAUGACUGGGGAAACUGGAACACUUGGCUAUAUGGCUCCUGAGGUUCUCAAUGGUCAUGCAUAUAAUAGGAAAUGUGACGUGUACAGCUUUGGCAUAUGCUUAUGGGAGAUUUACUGCUGUGAGAUGCCAUAUCCGGAUCUGAGUUUCUCUGAAGUGACAUCGGCUGUUGUCCGACAGAAUCUGAGGCCAGAGAUACCCAGAUGCUGCCCCAGCUCUCUAGCUCAUGUAAUGAAGCGAUGCUGGGAUGCAAAUCCAGACAAGAGACCAGAGAUGGAUGAGGUGGUGACACUGCUAGAGGCUAUCGAUACUACCAAAGGCGGUGGUAUGAUCCCUAUCGACCAACAACAGGGAUGUCUUUGCUUCCGUAGUAACAGAGGACCUUAAACUAGGCGCCUGUUUUGGAUAAUGCAUAGAUAUCUUUUGUUGGACUGGAUUGACAUCAUAUGAUAUCCUGACUUGAAAACCAGGAAAGACUCCCUUAGACAUUUCUGUUAGAUUAGUAACUAGUGUAAAGGUAAUUUUUCAUCCAGUCUGCCUGUUGUGGUUGUACAACCAUCUUUUCUGUAAGAUGAUAAGUUACAAGAUAAAAUAAAUUUGGGCUCUUUGUGUAGAUAAUAGAUCAUUAUAAAAGAUUGGAAUCUUAGUUUAAUUCAAA